AUGGCCGGCCUUGCAGAAGGCUUGGUUAGCGAUGAUGAUGGAGGCAUGGAUAGUAGUGAUGAUGAACUAGACGGCUUAGAGGAAGCCAGGACGGGGCUUGAUAUGCUCCUGCGCUCGCUUGGCACUGGUGUCCUCGCUCCCAGGCCUCCUACUGCAGAGCCUGCUCUAGUCGAGAGGGUUAACCGCGACCACCCACCGGUUUGUUCAAGCCCGGAUUCCAUCCGGAGUGAGCCUGCUGCGCCUGCUGCCGUCUCCGACACUGUGGUACGGCUUCGGGAGGCACUUGCAGCGAAGGAUGCGGCAGAGGAGCUCCCCGUCUUCGACAUGGUCGACGAUCUGAUCCGUGCUGUGGCCGAUUUGCUUGGUCGGUCGGGACCGCGCCACGCACGGUUCAUGGAUCUGCAAGAGGUUAUCACCGAAACGAGCCCUGAAGUGCAAGGCAUCCACUCCGUUCUGUGGCUGUCAAGGGGGGAUGCCGUCCGUCGCCGUGUCGCUGUUUUGCCGGCAGUGAUUGUGCUGCUGAAGGAGCUUAACAGCAAGAUGUACGCGCUGGCAAGCUCCUACCGUUUUCACUUCUUCCUUUACUUCCUGGCUGAUGUGCUUGAGCAGCUCAACAUCUUGAGCAAGACCUUCCAGCAAAGACAGCUCGAUCUGGUGUCUUUGCAUGCGCAGAUCAAGCGGACAACCCGUCACAUCGAGAGCCGCUACGUGGACUGCGGCGAUGACUUCGGCGGUGGCAUGAGCCAGUGGCUGUCACCUUUCCUGGAACGCCAUGGCCCGGGGUGUAGCCGCGAAGUGAAGGUGGAAGGUGUCGACAGCAACAGCCGACCAUCCUCUAUCACGUUCACCCUUCACGACGAUCCCGUGGGCUCGUACAGCGGCCCGGAGGACCACGACGGCUGCAUCCAGUUGUGCACCGAGUUCGCAGAGAGGAUCGUGGCGAACCUGGAGGGAAGGCUCGGUGAUCUCGACUCGCUCUCUGGAGUCCGCCUGUUCACACCUGAUGCAUGGCCACAAAGCAAGUCUGAGCGGAAUGCUCGUUGCCAGGAGUGGCUUCACUCGCUGGUGACGAUGUUCAAGGCUCAGGACCGUGAGGAGAUCUUGCCAGGCGACAACAACAAGAAGGGCAAGCAUGACGACCCCAUAGAUGUAGAUGAGGAGGAGCCAGUAGGAGAUGCAGGAGGUAGUUCUAGUGAUGAAGAUGAUGAAAUGAGCAGCUAA